CAUACCGCACUUAAGUUGCUUUACUAAUACUGCAAAAUAUUAACUGUGUUACUACUUCUAGUAUAGCAGGACGAUGUGGACCUCAGAGCUAUCACGGCAACCGACUGGCUGUAUUUUAAAAUCAGUUAUCAUUUGCCUGUUAGUGCCUCUAUCGCUGGAUCUAACGUCUACUGAAAGGACAACUACUUCAGUACCAACUACGACACAUUUAAAUAAAACUACCUACAUGCCAACUAUUGAGUUGAAUUUCAGCUCGACUACUGAACAAAAUACAAGAAUCACAACUCGGUCUAAAUCGUCUACACAUGAGACAACAACGUUUAAUAUGCACCCCAAGACUACCACAAAAGGUAACACUCCUCCAACAAUCGAAUGUCCCAGUGACAUAUCAUCUACGGAUACGUCUCCAGAUUGGGACGUACCAACGGCGAUUGAUGAUGAAGCACCACUACCAGAGGUCAGCUGCACAAACAAUCCUGACAAAGAGUAUCAAAUUGGAUCAAUUACAAACGUCACUUGCACUGCCAGAGAUUUGGUUGGACAAGAGAGUAGCUGCUCUUUUUACAUAACUGUCGAAACUGUCCUAUCAGAAGAAAUAUCGAACCUUACUAAGAACGUUAAUGAUGAAAAUGUUGAAGAGGUUGCAGCUGAACUCGAAGAAAUAGUAAAGGAGGCGGAAAACCUUGAACCAGCUGAUGUACACGCAGUCUCAAAAGCAUUGGAAACAAUAGCCAAUACCAACUCUUCAAACGAAAAUGUGACAAGUGCAGUCGUCGUCACGGUGGACGCAGUAAUUGCCUCUGAUUCGUUAGGUUUAGAUCUAUCACCUAAAACGACAGCUUUAAUCCUCGAGUCAUUCGAGCAGCAAAUCAGCAACGCCGCCACUGAUGGCCAGAACUACACCAAGGAUGAAAAUACACUUUCUGUGCGGACUCUAAGUUUUGAUUCAAAUCCUAACUCUGAUGUUGUUUUCGUUGUUAAUGAAGAGAAGAAGCCUAACGUAUGUUUUGAUGACGUUUGUUCAGCAAACGCCAUGAGUCAGUAUUUCACUCUUCCAAAGGAUCUCCUAACAUCAUAUGAGGGCCGGACGAACAUUAGUUUUACUUCGUUUUACAAGCCAAACCUCUUCCAGUCGGGUGCACUAAAUCUCUCUAGUGUGAUUAUGGGAGCUUCCAUUUACAACAAGAGCCUUCCGGAUGUGUUUAAAAACCCAGUUAAACUUGUGUUUUACGUACCAGAAUCAUAUUCAAACAGCAAUGCUUCUUGUGUUUUCUGGAAUGCAUCCUUAGAUAGAAAUGGUAAUUGGUCAAUUGAAGGCUGUAAACGUAUCGAUACAGGUGAUGAGGGCAGCGUAACGUGUAAUUGUACACAUCUGACACACUUUGCUGUCUUGUUUUUUCCUAAUGAAAUUCCUCAUGGAGUUAACCUAUUUCUAGAAUUGGUGACCUAUAUUGGCUGCAGUGUGUCAAUCGUGUGCUUGCUAUUAACAGUAGUAACUUUUUUUCAAUAACGUAAUUCUUUACGUCAACGUCAGCCUCAGAAAAUCAUGGUGAGCCUGUGUGUGUCUUUGAUUUGUUUGUAUACCACGUUCAUAUUGGGCGUUGAUACAGUAAAUCCAAAAACAGCAGGAUGUAAAACGGUUGCUGUGUUGUUACACUACUUUUUGCUGACUUCUGUUGUUUGGACAGCUGUGGAAGCAACCAAUAUGUACUAUUUCCUUAUACCUGUUCGAACCAAAGACAAUUCCCAGAAGACCACUAUGUGCACUGGAGAUCAUAGUGUCAAUAGAUUUAUGACAUCAUGCUGCUCUUCCUGUAAUAGUGCAAAUUGUUACCUCAGUGCUACCAAACAGGAGGUGUUCAUUUAUGCAAUUAUUAUUCCAAUUGGAGUUGUAAUCCUCUGCAACUCGAUCGUAUUCGUACUCAUCAUCAAACAGUUAUUCUUCUCGAGAUCAAUUGCAACGAGAGUGCUCGAUGCGAACGAGAAGAAGAAACGUUUGGUAAACACCAUUGCCAUUUCUUUGCUGCUAGGCCUCACUUGGAUCUUCGGAUUUUUGACUUUCGAAAGCAAUGCUGACACUGUGUUCCUGAUUCUGUUCUGCGUUUUUAACUCGUGUCAAGGCGUCGCCAUUUUUUACCUUAUCUGUUUAAGACAGAAAGAAUGCAAAGAAGCUUGGAAGAAAUGGCUGGGUAUCUGCAAACCUAAAUCCUCGUACGAUUUUACGCAGAGUACAUCAAAUAGCAAUACUGCAAACGACUCGUAUACAUUACUUUCGGAGAAGCAGAAACAGAAGGAAUUCAUUCAACUUCAGUUGGUUGAAAACCCUGCAUUUGGAAACACUAAUGAUGAGGAGAAUCAAAAUAAAUCUGGCGAAUAGUUAGACCAUGCAGAUUAGUAGAAAAUGCGUUUCAUACAUAUGGGCAUUGUUUUCUUUUUGUAAAAUAAUGUAAAUGCUUCUAUUACGCUAUGUGUAAAGAAAUUGAAAUUGAAAUGUUAUUAUACUGUAAGCGUUUUAAUGAUUAGGCCUGUAAAAGUAUAUCGAGUAUUUCUUAGAAAUGUUUGCCAAUAAUUGAAUACCAAGAUCAUAUGAUCAAUAAAAUAAUAAACGAAUAGAAUGUUUUACGUCACAAAAUAGGAGGAGCCUAUUCUUCUGUAAAAUAUGAGGAACUUUGUUGCUAGAAAGAAAGUGGAAAUCUGAAGAUCAAAUCAAGAAGUCGAGUGAUACCUCAACCGGAGAGCCGUGGCUUUGCCCAUGUGGUCACCAGAGUACCUACUAACUCACCGUUCAGCUCCGAUCGAGCUGGUUCGGCAGAUCGUGUAGGUUGUUGUCCUAAUUGAAAGUUAAGUUAGGUUAGUUAGGGGGUGGGGGGAGUAUUUUUUCAAGAUGUUGAAGUGUAAGAACACUCAGGCCCAAGUCUGAUUGACAUAUGGAAUGCUUAAUGGUGUUACCUCAUCCGGAUGUACGAUUUGAAUUCUGGUCUAAGAGUGAAUAUGGAAGCUUAGCAAUACUCGACUUUUGAAUUCGUCGCUAACUAGGCCUACAUUUGGACUCCUUCGGUAUUGAUUCCGAUUCAUUCGUUUGCAUAUUCGAGCAUUUAUACCAUCGGAGAGUCGGUGAACAGACUAUCAUAGUUUAACUUCAAUUUGAUCUCACGUGAGUAGUUUGAGAAUAGUUGAAGUCCCGUUGUAAUCCCCCUUUAGGCCCUACUGAUAUCAUAAUUGAUUGCACAAUUCUUAAUUAAAUCCAAGUCCACUCAUGAUACAAGUACAUUUUCAUCUGAAAAGGCACAUACGCAUAGUUACCAACCGUCUCUCAUCGCGCGGGACGGUCCCGCAUUUCAAAUUGAUUGUGGUUGAAACACGCAUUUUGCAGAAACACAUGCGUGUUCAUAAAUUUGUCACGCAUUUAGCAAAAAUCUAUGCGUUAACGAAUUUUCACGAAUAAGAAGAAAUUGAUUUGAAAUUAGAAGAAAUUGGUUUUAAUAUUAAAAAUAUAAAAACGGUCGGGGAGGGAGAGAACCCCUCCCCCGGUCGGGGAGGGCUGUCCCCCACCCCCCGGGGGAGAAAAAGCACAAUUCGUCGGGGAGAAAAAACAAUUAUAUGUAUUUUCUACAUAUAGACUCUAAAAUCGAUUAAAUAAGCCUUUGAAACCCAUAAAUUGUCAACAUUUCCGGGGCUUCGCCCCCGGAAUCUCUUUCGAAACCUUUUAAUCGAAGCUCCACCACGCCCACUCUGCUUUCGUCGGGGAAAUCUGACCCCUCGUCGGGGCAUCGGCCCCCACGUCAUGGACAUCUUCCCCAUGUCGGGUAAAUCUUGGUGCCACCCCUGCCUGAAAUCGAUUUAAAACAGCUUUAACAUGCACAGAUCGUUGGAACGACAGGGGCCCUUGUUCCCUGGACCCCUACCAGGGUUCCGCCUCUGAAUCCUGCAAGGGGUGGGGGUGCCUGGCGACCUGCCACCCCCCAACCCCCAACCAACUGGUGUAGUCACGCAUUUCAAAUCUCUCAGGUUGGUAACUAUGCAUACGGUACAUAAAUAUCAUUUUCCGGAAAUGUAGGUUUAUAAGGCCCCAAUUAAAAAGAUAUUGGGAUGGAGUUGAGAGGAUUUGUGGCAUUCAAUCCCAGACUUCCGGGUCCAAACCAUGUCCCUCGUUAUAAAUAUUAACUUCACUCUCGAAGCCUCUUAAAGAAAAAGCAUAAUUUCAUCCUUUAAGUGGGGAGUUACUGUUAGAUAUGAAAGAUUGAAAUGAUAUUAUACAGUAAAUAAAAUACUAAAGGCGA